AUGUUAAUAAAUGAUGAGACAGAGAUCGGCGAAAAGGGCAACAAUUUGAGCGGAGGUCAGAAGCAGAGGGUGAGUCUGGCCCGGUUGGAGCCGUUGGCGAAGAUAUGCAGUGUUGUGGUCAACCAUAACGGCAGCGGAUCUAUUAAUGUGACCACAAUUGAAAUCCAAAAGAUGAGCGCCACUGAAGUCAACAUCGCAUACAUCGGUCAACCGAUUCGCGGUCUCAGCAAAGACAAGGCUGUCAUCACUCAGACAUAUCCGGCCGCCACUCGUGAGACCCGACCCCUCGAGACUGAACUCAAUACGAGUCAAGCGCUGAAUCCAAUUGAAUAUCUCAUACUAUUGUUCGCCGCCAUAAAUGUGUCGCUUUUGCACAGUCUUUAUGUCAUUCCCUGUUCUGACGUGUUUUGCAAAGACUUCAGCGAAGGCUUAUUCUCAGCCCUAUUCACGGGUCUGACGGCCAGCACCGGCACAGCCAUCGUGUUUGUCAUACUAUGUGUGUUGUGUCGACAUGUGGUGAAGAAAAGGCUAUACAAAGCCAAUGGAAAGGGCUGUUUCCUUUGCGUCCGUUAUCUAUACCUGUUGUUAGUGUUGGCCAUAGGGUUGGGAUGCGGAGGAUUCGCGGCAUACAUGGCCUCCGGGAGCCGUAAAUUUGCCAAACAAAACGCUUCCCAGAGUUUAGCGCACGAAAUAUUUCGGUUGAUUAGCGUUGGAAUAGCUGUCGACGUCUUCUUCUUCUUCUGGAUCCCAAUCCUCUCAAUAAUCGCUUAUUUAAUGGAUUUCUUCAAAGACGGCGAAGAGUUUAAGGCUCCGCCGCCGCCCACACCUGCGAUGGAGGCCACGGUUAGGACCGAUGAAGAGUUGGACAGCAAUUCACAGAACUAUUACACAUCGCUUAUGAAGAACCAGAAAGUGAAGUCCAUUUCACAAUACGCCGGAGUCAGCCCUGGAGUGACCGCCGGAACCAACGCCCACCCAAAGACAGACACUAAGGUUAAGAAAAAGGCAUCGACUGAGUCGACCGGUUCUGCCAUACAACUUUGUGGUCAACAACGGGUGCUAUUCCGGGGCCCGUCGGGUGUCGUCCACUGUUUAUCCGCCUAUUGUCCACAUUUGGGCGCAAAUCUGGGUGUCGGCGGACAUGUGGUGACUGAAUCGGGCGACGACUGUAUUCAGUGUCCAUUCCAUGGCUGGAGGUUUGGCGGAGACGGACAGUGCAAACGCAUACCUAAUCUCAAGAGUAUAAUUACAUUUUGUUUUGUUAUUUUCAAAUAA